AUGUUAGCAGAGUUAGUAGAGGACUUGAAGAUAUCUGGACACCAAGCUGCUUCAGCUGAUCUCUGCUAUGCUGGACCUGAAGAUGUUUCCUGUGAUGUCUGCACUGAAGAGAAGCUGAAAGCAGUGAAGUCCUCAUUUCUAAGUGAGGAAUGGAGGAAGAUCACUCUGACAGUGAGAUCAGUGGAUGUUUUAUUGCCACAAAUUGAACCUAAGACCAGAGAUGACUUUUUAAAACAUUCAUGUCAACUGACGAUCGACCCAGAUACAGUCCACAAAAAUCUCUUCCUGUCUAAUCAGAACAGAACCGUAUCAGACAGUGCUCCAAAUCCAAAUAUCUAUCCUGGAUAUAAAAAAAGGGACAGGUUUUCCAACCACCAGCAGGUCCUGAGUAAGGACAGUCUGAUUGGACCUUGUUACUGGGAAGUGGAGUGGAAAGGGAAAGGCCUUUCAGUAGCCGUGACGUACAAGAAUAAAAAUAAACUGGAUCAAAGUGAUUUUGGAAGUAACAAUAAAUCCUGGGCAUUAGAGUGUUACGGUGACUGCUACAAAUUCAGUCACAAUAAAAUCACAACUCCCCUCUCAGGCCCUCUGUCCUCCAAAGUAGGAGUGUACGUGGAUCCCAGAGCAGGUGUUCUUUCUUUCUACAGCGUCUCUGACACCAUGGCCCUCCUCCACAGAGUCCAGACCACAUUCACUAAGCCGCUCUAUGCUGGACUGUGGAUUUGGAAGACCUGUUUGAAUUUUGCUGAAAUUAUUGAAAUCCUGUAUUCAGGGAACACCGAGGUAGAUCCAGAACCAACUUUCAUCUCAUCUGGCUUAGGAGGGCCUUGGGAUCCCACAGGAGGAACUGGAAAGAAUGGCUGCCACCACAAUCCAGCUUUGACCAGGGCAAGUAUGUCCAGUGCGCUGCACCUGGGGCUGGAGCUCCGGUUACUGGAAACCUCUUUACGUCACGUGGAGCCGCUGACGAACACCCCGGCAUUCAUAUGUGCGAGAAAAAUCCCGCACGUCAUCAAGAGCCGCUCACAAAGGGCCGAAACGGAGACGCGCAGGAGGUACCCUCGACUAAAAAGGGCUGCAUGA